UCCUGAGAGUGACUCAAGAUAAGGCGAUGCACAGCAAGCUGAAUCCAUAUAUUGACGGAGAGAUGGCAACUACAGUGGAAAUAGUGUCGAGGCAGCAGUGGGGGGCGGCUGCUCCGAAGAAGGUGCCGGAUAAGAUCUCCUGUGCUCAGAGAGUGAUCAUCCACCACACGGACACCCCACACUGCAGCAGCCGCAGCGAGUGUGUGAGCCGCGUCGCCAGCAUCCAGAGAGGGCACAUGACUGAGAGAAAAUGGGAUGACAUCGGGUACAAUUUCCUGGUGGCAGCAGACGGGGCGGUGUUCGAGGGCCGUGGCUGGGGCGCGGUGGGGGCUCAUGCCAAAGGCAACAAUCAUGACUCACUGGGGAUUGCCUUCAUGGGCAACUUUAAAAGUGAAGCACCGAGCUGUGAAGCGCUGGCUUCAGUCAAGCAGCUGCUGCAGUCCGGCGUGUCUCAGGGCUUCAUAAAGCCCCAGUUCGGCCUGUGUGGACACAGAGAUGUGGGAGACACUGAAUGUCCCGGGGCGAAGCUUUACACUGUGCUGCAACAACUGAAGAGCACAUAAGGCUUAUCUUUAAAGGUUUUAAGGGCCAAUCAGUUCCCUGGCUUCACAAAGAGUCUGUGGUAAUGCUAUAAACAUGAUCAUUCAAAUAAAACAUUAACCCUAA